AUGGCUAAUGAAUUGAGGCCCUGCCCGUGUGAUAUUGGAGACAGGUUUGACUAUGGAGGCCAUGGGCAGGAAGUACAAGUUGAGCACAUCAAGGCGUACGUUUGCAAACCACCUGCCAGCGUGGACAAAGCUGUGAUUGUGAUUCAUGAUAUAUUUGGAUGGCAACUCCCAAACACCAGAUACAUGGCUGAUAUGCUUGCAGCUAAUGGAUACAUAGCCAUCUGCCCAGACUUUUUUGCAGGAAGAGAAGCUUGGAAGCCUUCUGAUGACUGGUCCAAGUUCGAUGAUUGGCUGAAAACUCGAGAUGCCAGGAAAAUAAACAAAGAAGCUGAUGCUGUCCUGAAAUAUCUAAAGGAACAGUGUGGUGCAAAGAAAUUAGGGAUCAUUGGUUUUUGCUGGGGUGGUGUUGCUGUACAUCACCUGAUGAUGACGUACUCAGAAUUGAAAGCUGGUGUAUCUCUCUAUGGCCUGAUCAAGGAUUCUGAUGAUGUAUCUAAUCUCCUGAACCCUACAUUUUUCAUUUUUGCUGAAAAAGAUGACUUCAUUCCCCUUCAUCAGAUCACUCUGCUGGAGCAGAAGCUAAAGAACAAUUGUAAAGUCGAUUUUGAAGUUAAGAUUUAUCCCGGACAAACUCAUGGUUUUGUACAUCGCAGAAGAGAAGAUAUCAAUCCUCAAGAUAAGCCUUAUAUUGAGGAAGGAAGAAAGGAUAUGGUCAACUGGCUGAAUAAAUACAUUUAAUAGAAGAGCAAGCAACUUACUUUGUAACACAAUUAUGUAAUACACUGGAGAUUUUUGGUAACAGAUUUUAGAAAAUUGGAGAGGAGUUUGCUGAAAUAUAAAUUAAAGAAAAAAGCAAACAGAAUAUUUUAGAUGUUUUUUUGUUAGUAGAUUUUCUCUGAUACUUUCAUAGUUUGUUCUUUUGAAGAAGUCUCAGUUUUCACCUAGUAGUGUGAUGUUUUAAUAUUCUCCAGUUCCCUGAGCUUGAUCUUAAAGCUCCAAGUAAGGUAGGCUGAUGGUAAAUUAAUCUCUUUGUGUAUUAAGGCCACUGUUCAUCUAAGUUCCACAUAAAUCACAAGCCCAAAAUUCAGGGACAAAUACAUUGUAUGGUGAAGCUCAUUUUGAAAGUCUAAACUUCUUUGACUUGUACCCUGGUGGCAGAUGUGCAUUUAACAGGUGACAUAAGUGGGCAUGUCUUCUUU